AUGCAUUUUCCAGCGGUCGCUGCGGAAGAUUCCCAGACAUCCGAUAAUGACGGCAGUGGCGAGCGGCCCGUUCGGAACAAGUUGAAGGAGACGACCAUUACUUCCGCCCCUACGAAUUCGGUAUCGGAGGAUCCAACCAACGGCUCUGGUGAUCAAGCGCCCGGGAGUGAGGACAGUCGGGCUAGCAGUAGGGGCAGGAAGCGGUCGUUUAACGAAGAUCAGCCUGAAAUGGAGGAAGACCCUGAGCAUCGACGGAAGCGGUCGCGCGACUCGAACCCCGAAGACGAGGACAACGCCCUGGCGGAGAAGCCCCUGAUGGCCGACGAGGGCGCCGAUAAAAAGUUUCCUAAGAAGAAGCGAAGCAGGGAUCAGCUGGAUAAAGAUGAGCCCGUGGCGGAAGAGGCGGCCGAGAAAUCCAACGACAAGGGCUCCGUGGAGAACGGUGCGGCCCAAGACAAGCCUGAUGUGGAGGGAGAGCCUGAAAAGAAGCGGCACCGAGACGAAGAGAAGAGCUCGGUGCCUGCAGCUAGUGGAUUCGCAAAUACUUCGACUAUCUCACCAUUUGGCUCGCUUGGUGCCUCGGAUUCGAAAGGGGAAUCCGCAAAACCAGCCGCUGCUACCUCCUCAUCCGCCUUCGCAGCAUCUAGCCUGUCCGCUUUUGCAGGCUCAGAGAAGUCUCCCUUCGGCUCGUUAGGAAGCUCUGGCUCAUCUGUAUUCAAGUCGCCGGCUUCGACAGAGCCUGCAAAGUCCCCCGCGACUGGUUUUGCAUCUGGAGCUGGAUCUUCAGGAUUUGCGAGUCUGGGGUCCGGUUUUUCUGGCUUCAGUGGCGGUUUCGGGUCCGCUGGGACGACAGGCGGCCUCACAAGUUUCGCUUCGCCAGGUGGGCCUAGCGUCCUUGGUAGUACCAGUACUAGUAAGGACAAGCCGUUUGGGGCUGCCGAGGAGGAGGAGGAAGAUGAGAACGAAGCUCAACAAGAGGAAGACACCGGCCCUGGCGAAUUUGAGCAGGACAAGACUGAUGAGAGAUUUUUUGAGCGGCCGAUUGAAACGGGCGAGGAAGAAGAGAAGACAUACUUUGCUUGCAAGGCAAAGCUGUUCCAGUUCUCUGAUAGAGAAUGGCGGGAGCGGGGAGUCGGCACCUUCAAAGUCAAUGUCAAGGUGACCGAUGGAAAGGAGAAUAAGAAGGCAGCCCGCUUGAUCAUGCGCGCUGACGGCGUUGGGCGCGUCAUGUUGAACACGCCCAUCUUCAAGGGCAUGACGGUUGGUGAUGCCGCAGGCAAAGAGCCCAAGUCGAAGCAGAUCCAUCUCGCCAGCCUUGAGAGUGGUCGAUCCGUCCCGACCUUGCUACGGGUAUAUUCCAACCCCUUACCAACGAGAAUCGAAAUCAGGAAAGCUAAUCCAGCACAGACCGAAAGCUCAGCCACUCCCGAGCCGGAGCAAAGCAAAUCAGCUCAAAAUACAGCAACAAGCGACGUCACCAGCGACGAUGCGCCCAGCACUCACGAAACAUCUUUAAAGUCUACUCAGAAACCCAAGCAACGCGGUCGUAAACCCAAAGUCCCCACCGCCGCACCCAAAAAACAGACCCCCUCGGGCGCCUGGCCUGAGCCCUUCAAGAAGCUAUCUCGGACCCACCGCGCGCUGAACCUCGUGUAUACGUUCUGCUGCACGCGGAAGCACUUUGCCACUACUUUUGAGAAUAUCAAAAAUGCCGUUCAGGCGCAGCUGGGUGGGGAGAGCUUAACGGUCGAGGACAUCGCGAGGGUGAAAACCCUUGUCCCGCGCGCGGUGCGCUUCGAGUAUGUAGAUGAGUCUCAGUUGGAGGUCAUGAAUUCGGGCGAGAAGGAGGUGCUGGAGACGUAUGGGCGGAAUGGGUUAUCUGUGGAUGGUGACUCGCCCCAGGAUGUGGAGAACCAGGAACUGGAGAGGAAAAUCUUGCUUUUUGAGUUUGUGGAUGGUGUUCUCAAGCGGGAGGUGCAGCAGCCUAAGACUGGGGAGCCUGCGAAACCCGUGCGGAAGAUGAGAGAUGAAGAUUUGAAGAUGCCUGUUUACAGCCAGAAGCAGAUGCUGGCGUUGAUUGAGAAGCGGAACAAGAAGUUUGCGGACGCUAUUGAUGCUUUUUUGGUGCGGUGCGAGGGUGAAGGCAAGGACCCUGUCGAGGAACUGGAGUCAGAGAAGAAUGCCUAUGUUCCUGUUCCUCCGGAAGCUGCUGAUGGCGGCAAUGCGGUGGUCAAAUCGAAGCCGCCGCCUCGCAUACCGACGGAGCGCAAGUCGAUUGCUGAGAUUAUUGAGGAGAUAAGGACUAUGGACUGGUACACGACUCAGAUCGUCCCAGAGGGACAUCGGGUGUUCGAUGCCCAGCAGGCAGUUUUUGGGGAGUUGAAUUUCGAGCUGUCACAGGGCCUGGUGAAUGCCUUGUAUAACACUAAGGGGAUUACACAGUUCUACUCGCACCAGGCGGACGCGAUCAACCAUUUGUAUGAAGGCCACAAUGUCAUUAUUUCCACCUCGACCAGUUCCGGCAAGUCGUUGAUCUACCAGGUCCCCAUGCUGCAUGAGUUGGAGAAGGACCACCUCAGUCGCGGACUGUACAUAUUCCCCACAAAGGCGUUGGCACAGGACCAGAGACGCAGCAUGAAAGAGCUGCUACAGUACAUGGACGGCUUCCAGGACACAAUGGUCGAGACCUUUGAUGGAGACACCCCGAUGGAGAGCCGCAACCUCAUCCGCGACGAAGCGCGCAUCGUCUUUACCAACCCCGACAUGCUCCACAUCACGAUUCUACCACAGGAAAGCGCAUGGCGCUCCUUUCUGCAGAACCUGAAAUUCGUCGUGGUCGACGAGCUACACGUCUACGACGGCCUCUUCGGGUCCCACGUCGCGUUUAUCAUGCGCCGGCUGCGUAGGAUCUGUGCUGCCGUAGGUAACCGACACGUCCGGUUCAUCUCAUGCUCGGCGACCGUCGCCAACCCGGAAGACCACAUGAAGGCGAUAUUCGGCGUCGACGAUGUCAAGCUGAUUGACUUUGACGGUUCCCCUUCAGGCCAGAAGGAAUUCAUUUGCUGGAACACGCCAUUCAAAGAUCCCCACGACCCGACGUCCGGACGGGCAGACAGCGUAGCUGAAACCGCACGCUUAUUUUGCCAACUGAUCCUACGAGGCGUGCGAGUAAUCGCAUUCUGCAGAGUGCGGCGCCUCUGCGAGAGCCUCUUGCAAGCCGUACGGAACGAGUUCCGGGUCCUGCGGCGCGAAGAAGUUGGAAAGCUAGUCAUGGGCUACCGCGGCGGCUACAGCGCGCAGGACCGUCGACAGAUCGAGAAAGAGAUGUUCGAAGGCCAGCUGAUGGGCGUCGUAGCGACCAACGCGCUCGAGCUCGGUGUCGACAUUGGCUCGCUCGACGCAGUCAUCACAAUGGGGUUCCCGUACUCAAUCUCCAACCUGCGACAGCAGAGCGGCCGCGCCGGCCGCCGCAACAAGGACUCGCUGUCCGUCUUGGUCGGAGACCGCUUCCCAACCGACCAGUACUACAUGCGCAAUCCGGAGGAGCUGUUCACACAGCCUAACUGUGCACUGCAGGUUGACCUCGCCAACGAGCUCAUCCUAGAAGGCCACGUGCAGUGCGCUGCCUUCGAGAUGCCCAUUCGCCCUGACGAAGACACCGUCUACUUUGGGCCCCAGCUGCCUACUCUCGCGACCACGCGGCUCACCCGCGACGGACUAGGCUUCUACCACUGCCACGAGCGCUUCCGGCCGCAGCCGUCCCGUAGCGUCUCGAUCCGCGAUACUGAGGACCAGCACUUUGCAGUGAUCGACACGACCAACGCGCGCAACGUGGUCCUAGAAGAGGUAGAGGCCUCGCGAGCCUUCUUCACCAUCUAUGAAGGGGGGAUCUUUUUACACCAGGGCCAGACCUAUCUAGUGCAAGAGCUCAACCCAGACAUGCACUUUGCCCGCGUUAUCCGCGUCCACGUCAGCUGGACCACCAUGCAGCGCGACUAUACGGACAUCGACCCGAUCGAGACGGAGAUGAUGCGUCCCAUCCUAGCCUCUCCACCACAGCCAUCGCCCAAAGCCUUCUACGGCCCCGUCCGCAUCCACGCCAUAGUCUACGGCUUCUUCAAACUCGACAAAAUCGGCCAAAUCCUCGACGCAGUACCCGUCUCCAACCCCCCAAUCGAAAUCCACACAAAAGGCAUGUGGCUCGACAUCCCAGCGCGCGCCCUCUCCAUCCUCUCCUCGCACAACCUAAACGCAGCAGCAGCCAUCCAUGCCGCCGAACACGCCGUGCUCUCCCUGCUUCCAACCUUCGUGAUCUCCUCCCCUGGCGACGUCCGCACGGAGUGCAAGGUUGCGAAAAAGGAGCUGGGUAAGAAUCUGCGCCUCGCCUCACAGUCCUCUUCUCGUCCUGGCUUUGCCAGGGGUAAUCUUAAAGAUAAUGUGGAGAAAUUGUUAAAACCACCCGCUCGCCAACGACCGGCGCGUCUAACCUUCUACGACGCGAAGGGCGGACCAUGCGGGUCGGGGAUAGCAGCCAAAGCGUUCGAAUUCAUCGACAUGCUACUCGAGCGCGCGGUGGCGAGGAUAGAGGGCUGUCCGUGUCUUAAUCCGCAAGGAUGCGUGGAGUGUGUUUGCUACGAGCGGUGCAAGGAGAUGAAUGCUGUUAUGAGUAAGGCGGGGGCGGGGGUCGUGCUGCGGUGUUUGCUUGGGUGGGAGGUUGAUGUUGAUUCGUUGCCUUGGGGGAUAGAGACUGAGGCGGAUGGGGAGUAUGGUGGUGGUGGGGGGGAGUUGGCUGGGGGGUUGGAGACUGUUGUUUUGGCGAGGGAGGUUCCUGCUGCUUCUUCUUCUGUAUCCAAAUAA